UAAGGAUAUUUUAAAACGAAAAAAAGACAUCUGCUUACGCAGAAAGGCUACUUUAAAAAGCAGAGCAAGGAGUUUGCAAUAAGCCGAGAGCAAAAAAGAAAAAACUGAUGGAGAUGGUGCCUUCAACAAUGACAGAGAUGUGGACGACAAUGGGUUCAACCAUUGCCAGUUUCAUGUUCAUAUGGGCUAUUAUUCGUCAAUAUUGCCCUUACGAACUCCGCCGUUACUUCGAAAAAUACACUCACACCAUCAUGACCUAUUUCUCCCCUUACAUCAAAAUCUCCAUCCACGAAUUCACCGGCGAUCGCCUCAAACGCAGCGAGGCUUACGUCGCCGUUGAAGCUUAUCUCAGCGCCAACUCUUCCAAAACAGCUAAAAGGUUAAAAGCCGAGAUGGGAAAAGACAGCAACAACUUAGUUCUCAGCAUGGACGAAUACGAGAAAGUAACCGACGAGUUCCGAGGAGCUAAAGUAUGGUGGGUAGCGAGCAAAGUGGUGUCAGCUACUCGGCCCAUGGCGUAUUAUCCCGAACAGGAGAAAAGGUAUUACAGGCUCACUUUUCAUAAACGGUACAGAGAGAUGAUAACCGGUGCUUAUUUAGAAUAUGUAGUGAAAGAAGGGAAGGAAAUUAGAGUGAGAAACAGGCAAAGGAAGCUUUACACAAACAGUCCAGGUUAUAAAUGGCCGAGUUAUAAACAAACCAUGUGGAGUCACAUCGUGUUUGAACAUCCAGCUACGUUUGGAACAAUGGCGUUGGAACCAGAUAAGAAGAAAGAGAUUAUUGAAGAUCUUGUUACUUUUAGUGAAAGUAAAGAGUUUUAUGCUAGGAUUGGUAAAGCUUGGAAACGUGGGUAUCUUCUUUAUGGACCACCAGGGACUGGGAAAUCAACUAUGAUUGCUGCAAUGGCGAAUUUGUUGAAUUAUGAUGUUUAUGAUCUUGAACUCACUGCUGUUAAAGAUAAUACUGAGUUAAGGAAGCUUUUGAUUGAGACAACGAGUAAGUCUAUUAUAGUGAUUGAAGAUAUAGAUUGUUCACUUGAUCUUACUGGUCAAAGGAAGAAAAAAGGCGGGAAAGCUAUGGCGGAUGAUGAGAAAGAGAGGAAAGAGGUAAAAGAAGAAAGUGGUAAUAGUGGUAACAGCAAAGUGACGCUUUCGGGUUUAUUGAAUUUUAUCGAUGGGCUUUGGUCUGCUUGUGGUGGGGAGAGGUUGAUUGUUUUUACUACUAAUUAUGUGGAGAAACUUGAUCCUGCAUUGAUAAGACGGGGCAGGAUGGAUAAACAUAUUGAGCUUUCUUAUUGUGGGUUUGAAGGGUUCAAGGUGCUUGCUAAGAAUUAUUUGAAAUUGGAAACUCAUCCAUUGUUUGAUGCCAUUGAUGGGUUGAUGAAAGAGGUUAAGAUUACACCUGCUGAUGUUGCUGAGAAUCUUAUGCCUAAGUCUCCAUUAGAUGAUGCUGAGAAAUGUCUGUGGAGCUUGAUUCAGGCUCUUGAGGAAGCUAAGGAAGAAGCUGAAGCUGAAGCUGAAGCUGCGACUGCCAAGAAGGUUGUAGAGCAAAGUCAGGAUGGUGGUGGUGUAUGCAGUGAAAAUUGUAUGGCAGAGAAGGCUUCAGAGUGAGCCAAAUUCCAGAUUGAUUUUUAGUGGAUUACAGAUUCGUGGGCGUGAUUGUUAGAAGGGAUUCUAUUUUAGCUGUUAAAAGCAAAUGGUAUGUGAGCGCAUCAGAUUGGAAUUUAUUAGUGUUAAUAAUAACAUAAGCUGUUUUAUUUAACAAAA